AUCCAAUUAUGAGCUGGGGUUCUCUCACGUUGAUGGCUGAUGGCUGAUACUGUCAAACCUAGUAUCAUUCCGUAUCACACCUACUUAGCUGUCUGGACACCUUUGUAGCCGAGUGGUCUUUUUGGUCUGUCAGAUACAUACCUACAGAGUAACCCCGGGCCCAGAACAUUGCGGCGUGGGCUUUCCGUGGUAGAGGGUACACGGGUGAUGGGACGUCCGUCUGAGGGGCUUUUUAAUGCCGAAAGUCUGGGAUGAGGCUUGGGCUUGGGCUUGGGCUUGGGUUCGGGGUUCUAUUAUUGCAACACGAGUUUCACUAACCAUGCAGGAUGGAUGGCUGUGUGGAGUGUGGUGCGGAAUGAGUCGAGUAGUCUGUGAAGAGGAUCGUCGAAUAGGCGGAUCGGCCUUGAUGGGGAUGGGGAGGACCCGUGGAGUUAGUUACCUUGUGGAUGUGGAUGUCAUUCAUUGUCAUAGCUUGCGCAAUGUUGAUCUGUUUCAUCUUCAGUGUGGAGUAUCACGCAAUGGUGGGCAUGACGUGUGUCUGUGGUGGAUGGGAUGCGGUCAGAGAUGUCUACUGUGUGCGUAUACUCCGUAUGAGAUGUAAGUAGGCCAAGGAGAGGAAGGAAGCAAGCAACAUUGCUGGUCAAAAGCCUGCUUCGGAGCCAGGGUUCGGCAAUGUCCGGAGUACGAAGCACAG